GAAUUGGGUGGGAGUGGGAGGAGGAGCUUUAAUGUGGAAUUUAAAACCUGGAGCCUGCGUGGAGUGAUCCGCACACUGAAGGGCUGCUCUGCUUCAGGUCACUCCAGCCAAAUUUGGGGCUGAUUGAUGAGAACAGACUGCAAGCUGUGAUCCGGGUACAGAGCAAAAAGGGUCUGCAAAACGUCCUGAAGAGGGAACUGUCAAUACAGAACAUCAUGAUGAUUAAGCCAUACUUGAGACAAGCAGAGGGAGAGGAGGUCAUCAGCCCCCUGCAGUGGAUGGAUGGAGAUGUGAGCUCACCUGAUGGGAGCACCUCAGUCCCACCACAUCACUAUGGAGCAGGCGGAGCGUGCCAGCAAAGCAGAGAGAUGGGAAGUGAAGAUGGAGAGGAGGACGAGGAGGAUGUAGAGGAAGGACAGGAGGAUGAAAAUGAAUCUAGGAGACGUGGGCCCAAGAAAAAGCGAAUGACCAAAGCCCGGCAGGAGCGUUUUCGUGUAAGACGUAUUAAAGCAAACGCCCGAGAACGCUCGCGCAUGCAUGGCCUAAAUGAUGCUCUGGAGAACCUGCGUAACAUCAUGCCCUGUCACUCCAAAACACAAAAGCUGUCCAAGAUCGAAACGCUGCGACUGGCCCGCAACUAUAUUUGCGCUUUGUCCGAGGCCUUGGAGGGAGGGCUUUCCACCGAGAGCAGGGCUUUUAUGGAGACGCUGUGUAAGGGGCUUUCUCAGCCCACAUCCAACCUGGUUGCUGGAUGUUUACAGAUAGGAUCUAGUCCUGGUGCUGGGAUGAGACCAGAAGACAGGCUUGGAGUUCAUCCACCACCUAAUCCUCUGGGUGGCAUGGUGGGAUACACCUCUCCAGGCUUGCCGAGCCCCCCAUACGGCACCUAUGACACGGCUCACAUGCUUCACCUGAGAGCGGUGAAAGGAAGACAGACCGAGAAUCACUCUCCGCAGGAGUAUAAUGCUGGAAGUGUGGGAACCCCUCCAUAUGAUGGCCCACCUACACCACCUCUGAGCAUCAGCAGCAACAUGGUGCCCAAACAGGAAUCAUCCCCCCACUACCCACCACCGCCACAUCGGUACUCCCCCUCCCACAUGGACCAGGUUCUCUAUCAGACUCAAACCAGCUAUGAUGUUCAGCUAGAAGGCCCAUAUGACUCCUAUCAUCCACCACACAUGGUCCCAAGACAGAUAACCUCAGUCUACAGAGACUGAGAGGAGUCGAAUAAACCAUUUCAGGUAUCACUUCAUCUUGACUGAGUCCAAAUAAUGAAUCCUUCCUAAAUCUUUGCUCUGGAUUUUAAGACUGAGGGAUCUCUUCAUGAAGAGUGUAGAUUUUCAUAAACACAAGGUGCAUUUGCACAGUAGAUUAGCACUACUCAGUUUUGUUGUAUUGUAUGAUUAGAAAAUACUUGACUGAAACCAAUACAUUAUCUUCCAAACUGAUUACCAAAUGAUCAAAGAACAGUCCGGGUCCUCACAUCUGUUUUUUUUGCCAUUAUGACCAGAUGUUCUUGUACUGUACAGUAAGCACUUCUAAAUUUUGCUUUGGUGACAUGAGAUCUGCUGCAUAAAGUACUUUUAUUUAUUCUUUAAUUUAAUACAAUGAAUAUGGAGUUUGUUUUUUACUUGCAUAUAUUUUUGUCAAUGCUUUUAUGUGUUUGCUUAGUUGAUCCCCUUUAGCUUAUUUUGUGUCCAGUUUCCUUUUUGUGUUUUAUCUGAUGUUUUGCACUAAAACACAUCAAGAGCUUGAUUUGUAAAUGAGGUACUUCAUUUUUGUGGAUAUUAAAAGAAGAAAACCAUGCAAUUCUCAGGUUGACAAAGUAGCCAUUUCUGCGUUGGAUUUGUGUUCUGUAUUAGACUUCUUCACUGUUGCUUCUAUUUGUCAUUAAAAUAUUUAAAAAAAAUUA